ACACAAAAAAAAAAAAAAAGAAAAAACAUCUUUAAGAAAUGGCUCAACACUCUUCUCUUCUAUUAUGCUUACUCCUCUCGAUCUUCAUAAUACUAUCUUCGGGCCUAACCGAAGCCACCACAAUCACGCGUAUAGUGUCGAAAUCGCUCUACGAGUCAAUGUUCAUCCACAAAGACAAUACCGCCUGUCCCGCAAAUGGUUUCUACACCUACGAAUCAUUCGUGGAGGCGACAAGGCGGUUUCCUAGAUUCGGGAGCGUCGGAUCCAUGGAGACGAGGCGGCGCGAGGUGGCUGCGUUUUUGGCUCAGAUUUCACACGAGACGACCGGAGGGUGGGCAACGGCGCCGGACGGACCGUACGCGUGGGGAUUGUGUUUUAAAGAAGAAGUGAGUCCACAAAGUAAUUAUUGCGAUUCUUCUAACACGGAGUGGCCUUGUUUCUCUAACAAGACUUACCAAGGAAGAGGUCCCAUUCAACUCUCUUGGAACUAUAACUACGGACCGGCUGGUCGAGCCCUAGGAUUCGACGGUUUAAGGAAUCCGGAAACGGUGGCAAAUAAUUCGGUGAUAGCUUUCCAAACAGCACUUUGGUUUUGGAUGACGGAGCAGAGUCCUAAACCGUCGUGCCAUGACGUUAUGAUCGGUAAAUACAGGCCUACGGAGGCGGAUUUGGUGGCUAACCGGAUCGGCGGGUUUGGUUUAACCACAAACAUUAUAAACGGCGGUUUAGAGUGUGGGAUUGCUGGAGACGGGCGGGUUAAUGACCGGAUCGGGUUUUAUCAGAGAUAUGCUGGGCUAUUAAAUGUAGGAACUGGGCCAAAUUUAGACUGUGAAAAGCAGAGGCCCUUCGCUUAAAUGAUAAUCUGGUUGACCCAAAUUCUAUAUUAUUAAACUAAAUAAAAACUCCCACACAUGGAGUAAAUUGAUUCAAUAAUG